CUGGAGCUGGGACUUCCAGUGGUUCAGUGCCAUGAAAUUGUCCUGAUGGCCGAGCGUCAAGGUAAUUGAUCGUGUUCAGUUCAUCGAAUAGCGAUUUGCCAUUUCUGUUCUUCUUAUCCAGUUCCUCGAAAGUUACAAGGUACGAGUCGUCAAGUGGCUUUGCAGUGAAAUUGCCAGGUCUUCUUUGAACCACUUGAUUAGUGACAGGAUAACCAGCUUUCUUCCAUGCAUCGAGACCACCGUCAAGUACGGAAACCUUGCCAUGACCGUACACCUUCAAUGCCCACCAUGCUUUGGCUGGCCACAUCAUGCCGGCAAAAGGGCCUCUACCAUAAACAAUAACAUGGUCAUCAUUGUUCACACCAAGCAGGCGCAUGUACCUUUCAAAUACUUCGGGUGGAUAGAGAUCGAAGCGAAUGUAUUUCGAAGGAUAGAAAGCAGCAUCAAUGUUGAAUAG